AUAAAAUCAAAAUAAAAAAGUAAAAAACUGUAACAAAUUAGGUGAUAGGAGUUUCUUCACAUGACCGAGCCUCUUCCACUGCACGUUUAUUUUUUCGAAACAGAACACAGAGGGGGAGAUGUCGAUUGAGCUCUUCCAGAGAAUGGCUAUGGCCUUCGAAAAAGAAAUUGGUGCAGUUAUUGCAUACAUAAUGAUGAUUCUAGGGUUCAACACAUGUAUAAUAACCCCCAAUUUGUUGGCUCUGUUCAUCACAAUUGACAAUGGCAGGAAGAGGAAAAUACUAUACGGGUGGGACAGGAUUGACUUAAGAGUAUUGCAAACCAAAAUUCUGGCUGUUUUCAUGGAACAAAUGUUUUCUCACAAAUCAUUUUAUCAGUUUAAGAUGUCAUCAAAACCAAAAAUUACUCAGUUCAAAAUUAUUGUUCCGGCUGGAGUAGGUGUUCAAAAAGAUUACUCGAAUGAUUGUGGAAUCUGGGUUGCUGAGUGGAUGUAAAUAGAAACACUAUCACCAAGUGCAAAGAAGCUUUUGCUGCUCACCUUGACAUCACGAUGAAGAAUAUGGUUCAUGUGCAAGUAAUCAAGGGCCAUAAGAAGUUG